AUGGGCGAGGAUCUUGCGCCCGAGACGCAGCGCGCACAGUAUUCCCUCUAUCGUGCUCCGUCCAGCGACUGUCGAUAUCGCUGUCUGGAUCCUGUUCUUCCACAUUUGGGCAACAUCAUCCCAGCCUCUGUCGCAUGCGACCUCCUCGACGUAUACCUGACGGAGCCGGGAAGUUCUCUGUUCCGCUGCGCCUCCCCAUAUAUUAUCACUCGUAUCUUUCGCAAGACGUCGCUGCUCCAUCCGACCAACCCUCGACGCACCACGCCCGCCCUGCUGGCGACGAUGCUCUGGUGCUCUGCGCAAACUGCCGACAUCGUCAUGCUGCACGUUCCAGGCUCGCGCGCGAGGAUUUGUAAUGCGCUGUACGAUCUGGCGACAGCGCUGAUUAUAGACAGAGAUCCAGACCGGUGGAGAAGGUUUCAUGGAGGGCUGCGUGUGGAAAAGAGUGAGCAGCCUCAGGAUGGCUACCAAUUCUCCUCGUCCCAGCCUCUCACGACGGCCAAGAACGAGCCAGGGGGUGUUGUGGACGACGUCCUGACCUUCAUCUUGCUCUCGAUCGCCGUUUCAGGCGGCGACUUCAAAAGCGACUGUUUUAAGUGGUGGAGCAAGGCGGUCCGGUUAGCCUUUUCCCUGGAGCUGAAUCGAGAGGACGAGCGGUGCUCCGCGCCCAUGUCACCCUGUGCGAACCCUUUAUGCUCGUGCAGGCGUGACCAGGAAGGCCUCUCGCUGUCGGAUAUAGAGGCGAGAGAGGAGAGGAGGCGGGUUUUUUGGCUGCUGUAUUGCCUCGACAGACACCUGGCCCUGUCUUUUAACCGCGUCCUCGACAUUCCGGACUCGUACUGUGAGAUCUAUGCUCCUCUUCCCGAGGCCAUCUGGGAAGAUCUUGAUAUCAUUCCGCCAGGAACCUUACCACAGAGGGAGUUUGGCCCCCCAAGUAUCGUCACAGGGACAGGAUUCUUCGAAUAUUUCCUUCCGCUCAUGGCCAUUCUUGGAGACAUCAUCGACGUGCACCACCGUAGGUUCCACCCUCGUCUGAGUGCCGUGGAUGAUUCUCACGCCGUCGCAAUCAUCAGUAACAAUCUUGCGACCUGCGAGGCAAGUAUUGACAAGCUACGACGCGAGGUUGACGAAGAUGACAAUGCGGACGAGCAUAACACAGCCGCACCAACGACACCACCGCCGCCACCAUCAACGUCUUCGUCGUCGUUCGGUGCAGUGCCCAUCAAGGACCUCAUCACGACGAGCUACAAAUCGCCCAUCUUCUCCCGUGCAAGGGAUCGGUCACGUCUCGAGCUCGUCGCUGCGUACAGCGCCCACAUCCUACAUGUUCUGCACGUCCUGCUCCACGGGAAAUGGGAUGCUCUGUCGAUGCUGGACGACGAUGACGACUGGAUCACCAGUGCCCGGUUCAGCGACUGCGCAGGACACGCCAUCGCCGCCAGCCAAGCCGUCAGCAGCAUCCUGCGAUCCGACCCGGAGCUGACUUUUAUGCCGUACCUGUUUGGCAUCUACUUGCUGCACGGUAGUUUUAUCUUGCUACUAUUUGCGGACCGCAUGCCUCAGCUGGGCGCAAACCGGAGUGUUGAGCUUGCUUGCGAGACCAUCGUCCAGGCCCACGAGGUCUGCGUUGUCACCCUAAGCACCGAGUUUCAGAAAAACUUUCGCAAGGUCCUACGAUCAACACUCUACAGCGUUCGAGGAUCAAGCCCAACAGAGUGGGAAGAGCACAAAGCGAGGCGAAGGGCUCUCUCACUGUACCGUUGGACAAAGGGGGCCAAGGGGCUAGCCUUGUGAUGGUUUUCAGAUGCAUACACGCUCGCUGUCCCACCCUUCUACCGAUACCUGUCACAAUGAGGGGUUGUCAUGUACAUAUGUAGCCAUUAUACAAGUAUCAAGGCCAAGCCAAGCCAAGUUAAGCUCUAGCUGUCGACAUAUAUACAGAUGGGCGUCUUGCUCAAUGGGUUGUAUG